AAUUCGCCUUGGCGUUAAGGUUUUUUGUUGUACACAGCAAAGCAAAGUCGGCAAGAUUUGAUAAGGAGUAAUUUUGCAUUAUCUUAGCAGUAUCAUGUAUAGAAAGUUGAUUUAUUUACAUUUCAAAAUGCGGGUAUUGUACCCUAGCUACAGCGUAUACUUCCAGUUACAUAUGCCAAAUGUGCGCCAAUCAAGUACAUCUACGGCUGCUAUAUAUACCGAAAAAAGAGUUCCAGCGAAUUUCUCAGAAAUCCCAAUAGAUCGUAUUCGAAAUUUCAGUAUAAUUGCGCACGUUGAUCAUGGAAAAAGUACUUUAGCAGACCGCAUAUUAGAAUUGACUGGGGCUAUACCACGGAAUUCAGGAGCUCAGUUUUUGGACAGCUUGCAAGUAGAACGUGAACGUGGUAUUACGGUAAAAGCGCAAACGGCUUCAAUAAUCCACACAUAUAAAAAUCAACAAUAUCUAUUAAAUCUUAUUGAUACGCCUGGCCAUGUAGAUUUCUCCAAUGAGGUUUCAAGAUCCUUGGCUGCAUGUGAUGGUGUUGUUAUGUUGGUUGAUGCUUGCCAUGGUGUUCAAGCCCAGACUGUGGCCAAUUACCAAUUAGCUAAGAUGCGAAAUUUGGCUAUAAUACCGGUACUGAACAAAAUAGAUAUUAAACAUGCAAAUCCUGAUCGUGUUCGAAAAGAUUUACACAGUUUGUUUGGAAUUGAUCCUAACACUGUUUUGAAGGUUUCCGCCAAAAUGGGGGUCAAUAUAACCACAGUCCUCGACAGCGUCAUAGAAAAAAUUCCACCACCUCUUGUGGAUCGCAGCUCUCCAUUUAGAGCUUUGAUAUUUGACAGUUGGUUUGAUAAAUACCGAGGUGCUUUGAAUUUAAUUUAUAUACUAAAUGGUACUCUAAAAGUUGGACAAGAGAUUCAGUCCAUGGCUACAAAAAAGUCAUAUUCUGUUAAAGGUAUAACUAUUUUGUGUCCGAACGAGUCGCAAGUUGAAAGCAUCUCAGCAGGUCAGGUGGGCCUACUCGCGUGUAACAUGCGAAAUAGCAAAGAAUCAAUUAUUGGCGACACAAUUCAUAGAAAAAACGAGAAUGUUAUUCCAGCUGUUAGCUUCAAGCGACAACAACCAAUGGUGUACGCAGGUGUUUAUCCCGCGGACCAGUCAAAGCAUUUAGCUUUGCGCAGUGCUAUUGAAAAACUGGUUUUAAACGAUUCGGCGGUCACAGUAAAAGUAGACUCAAGUCCAGCUUUGGGCCAAGGUUGGCGUUUAGGCUUUCUUGGUUUACUACAUAUGGAAGUAUUCUGCCAGCGAUUGGAACAAGAGUAUGGUGCGGAUCCAGUAAUUACCGCGCCAUCCGUAACAUAUCGCAUUGUUUUCAAGAACCCAAAAAUUAUAAAGCAAAUGGGAAAGGACACAUUAGAACUUUCCAACGCAGCCCUUUUCCCAGAGCCUUUCAAUGUCAAGGAAUACUAUGAACCACUAGUGAAAGUAGGUACAAUAAUUACGCCCACAGAAUAUAUGGGUCAAAUAAUAAGCUUGUGUGUUGAUCGUCGCGGGAUACAGGAGUCUUCAAUCAAUAUAGACGAUGAACGUAUUUUAAUGAAGUACAUUUUACCGCUCAGUGAAAUAAUACUUGACUUUAAUGAUCAUUUGAAGUCAAUUAGCUCCGGCUAUGCUAGCUUUAAUUAUGAAGAUUACGGAUACCAUCUUACAAAUAUCGUACGACUAGAUAUUCAUCUUAAUGGUCGUCCAGUAGAAGAAUUGUGCCGUAUCGUGCAUGUCUCAAAGGCAAGUACUAUAGCUCGCGAAAUGGUAACCAAAUUACAAGAACUAAUACCAAGGCAAAUGGUACAAAUAGCCAUACAAGCUUGUGUGGGUGGAAAAGUGCUGGCGCGUGAAACUAUAAAAGCUUAUAGAAAAGACGUAACAGCCAAAUUGUAUGGAGGUGACGUUACCCGUCGUAUGAAGCUUCUAAAACAACAAGCAGAAGGAAAAAAGAAAAUGCGUAUGUUCGCCAAUAUCCGUGUGCCACAUGAAACUUUCAUAAACGUAUUGAAGCGGUAGUACGAGUAAAUAUGAUGGAACAUAUGAUAUAAAGGAUACCGUUUAUAUAUAGGUUAAAUGUCAGUACACAUUUGUAUAUUUUUACGAUUUUUAUAUUUCUUACUUUAUUUUUAUGUCGUUGGUAAUAAUGAAAGGCGAUAAGAAGGCGUUUAUGCCACCAAGUCACACCGCAGUUUUCGUGUACUUUUUCACGCCCCGACGCCGAGUUACGGAACUUACUGCGCGGCGAUGGAAUUCAGCGCCCAAUAAAUUAUGUAUAAAAUAAGUAUGAAUAACAGUACUUUUCAACAAUUAAAUUUUUCAAAUUUGGAUUAAGUUGUUCGCAAACGGUUAUGCAACACUUAGACUUGACUUAACUUACUUAUAAACGUAGAAACGAGUACUCUCCGUGUCACCUGUUACCUUUUCUCUUUGGUUUGAUUCUCAGCACUUGUAUUUGUGCACUAAAAUUGUAAACGUUUAAUUUGUUUGCUUUAAAAA